CCACAACGCGGCCAUUUUCGACAGGGUUAGUGGUCUUGUGAACUCAAGAGUUUGCUGGAUAAACAUAUAGAUUUCCAUCUACUUUUUAUCGCUGAAUAACUGAUAUCAGAAGCGAAAGGAAAGAUGAUGGAAGAGAGUGGAAUAGAAACCACACCGCCAACUACUCCUCCACCUCCCCCCAGUGUGGCAUCCGCAGUCAGCCCACCUCCCUUGACCAUCGGUCUGACCAGCCCCAUGUCCCUCCCCAGCACCACCGGCGGCAUCUCCACCUUCUCCAUGGAGAGCUUCUCCUCCCCCACCCCGAUGCCUCCGAUGGGGGCGAUGAUGACGGCGUCCUCCCCCCUGCCCCCGGUUCAGCCCUCGCUCGGCCCCCCCUUCAGCAGCCCCAUGUCCACGGCCUCCUCCGUCCCGCCGCCCGCCAUGGGCGUCCCGUACACCAGCCCCAUGGUGCCGUUCUCCUCGCCCUCGGUGCCGUUCUCCUCGCCCUCGGUGCCGUUCUCCUCGUCCUCGGUGCCGUUCUCCUCGUCCUCGGUCCCUCCGCCGCCCAUCGGCACGGCCCCCCCUAUGGCGGGUCCCCCCACCGCCGGCUUCAGCAUGAGCGCAGGAUAUGACAUCACGAGAGGGCAUGCCGGCCGGACGCCGCAGACACCCCUCAUGCCCAGCUUCUCCAACGCUCCUCCAGUGCCAGGGGUCAUCACCAAUCCCAUGAUGCAGCAGCCGGCCAUGUCCGGAGGCCUGGAGGUGGUGUCUCCCAUCACGUUCCCCGAGGAUCAGGAGGACCCUCGCACGGUCCAGAUGAGCAACCCUGGAGGCGGAAUCUGGGGCUUCAUCAAGGGAGUGGCAGGGAACCCCAUGGUUAAGACGGUCCUGGACAAGACGAAGCACUCCGUGGAGUCCAUGAUCACCACGCUGGAUCCGGGCAUGGCUCCCUACAUCAAGUCUGGUGGUGACGUGGACAUCGUGGUGACCUCGGAUAAAGAGGUGAAGGUCGGGGCAGUGCGCGACGCCUUCCAGGAGGUGUUUGGCAUGGCCAUGGUGACCGGCGAGGCGGGACAGUCCAACAUCGCCCCUCAGCCCGUCGGCUACGCCGCCGGAGUCAAGGGGGCCCAGGAGCGCAUUGACAGUCUCCGCCGCGCCGGCAUCAUUCACGAGAAACAGCCGGUGGUCUCCGUGGAGAACUUCAUCGCCGAGCUCUUUCCAGACAAGUGGUUUGACAUUGGCUGUCUGAUCCUGGACGAUCCGGGCAACGGCGUGCACAUCGAGACGUUCACCCAGGCCACCCCCGUCGCCCUGGAACACGUCCAGCAGGCCCAGUCCCAGACCCCUCCAGACUACAGCCUGCGCUGGUCGGGUCUGCUGGUGACGGUGGGCGAGGUUCUGGAGCGGAACUUGCCUCACGUGAGUCGGACUGACUGGCACCAGGCCUUCACGGGCAUGUCUCGGCGCCAGAUGAUCUUCGGUGCCGCCAAGGCCCUGGCGGGCAUGUACAAGCAGCGGCUGCCCCCCAGGACAAUGUGAUGCCAGCCUGCGGAGCACCCCACAGCACCCCAGAUCCGUGCCAUGCCGAGGGAAGGGGUGGGCAGGAGCUACCAGCAGACUGUCACAGCUAAGGACCCAGUGAGCCCUUAAUGCCCUCCCGUGUGGGUAGUGCCCGUCGGGCAUGCCCAAACGUACCUUAACGUGUCAAGAGUUUUUUUUUUUUUUUUUUUUGUGAUCACUCGCGAUGCGAUGAAAAGAUGCGACAUUCCAUGAGAUAUUUUUUUUGUACCUCUUGACAAAGUUGGACGAUGUUGUUUCUUGUAGAAUCCUGCCAAAAAAAAGAGAGGUCCCUGGACAACCUAACAGCAAGAUGCCAUUUGAAUGGACACAUUUUGUUUUUUUCCUCUCGGUUUGUUUAUCUUUUCCUCGUCUGCUUAGUUUUUUAUUGCUUUAUUGGCUCGUUGUUAAGGGGAAUGGACCAUCAGAGGGACAAACUGGACAAAUGCGGCUGUUUAAAUUAUUAAUUGUGAACUAAAUCCAAAACAAUUCGUACGAGUUACAUGAAAUUAUAAGAACAUAUUGAUUGCAAGUGUUUAACUACCAUUGCGUUGUGAUUCUAUUGAAAUGCAGUAUGCAUCCACCCACGUUUGGAAACAGACCAUAGAACUGCAUUUGCUACAUCCAGACAAACCUAUUUCAUAUGUAGACAUCAUCUCAGAGAAAAACCCUGACCUAUUUGCAGUCUUCAACGCUUUAAAUCUCAGUCGACAUGGCCAGUACUUAUUAAACAAGGUCACCCCAGAACUGUCCAACUUUCUGCUCACACCUAUCAGCAAAGGUCAGCUUAUCUGAGUUCCACUGCCAGUCGGCCCCUCGUGCAUUUGUAGCGCAUCUUGAGAAUAUACAUCUCGUAAAAGCCUGCUAAAGUCACUCCUAGCAGAUUUACAUUCUGCUAUAUAGUCUUGCAAGCACAAAGGGAGGUCUUACGUAGAGUGUGUUCAGGUAGCCUGUUCGGUCAUCCAAUCAUCUUUAUUUAUUCCACACAACCUGGCGUUCAUUGAGAAUCUCCAGGCAAUGCUGUGGCAUUUCAAAACUGUUAUUAACUUUCUUUUCCCAGCUCAAGGGAAAGAGAUAUAUUCAAACCAGAUCCUGGAGCUGAUCUGUAAUCUGUGCACAGACUUUAAAAGCCUUAAACACUUACUUUCUGUUUUAUGUUCAUGUUUAUUCUCUUGGUCUGUAAACUUGAAGUUAUGGUCCAGCGUGUAUGCAUUUCUCUGUGUGAAAGUCACUGCUUGGAAAUGAAGGUCAGUGAAUGUGGAAGUCUUUCAAAGUUCCCUUAUCGAAUGAUGGCGGUAUGAUUACGGUUCCACAACUAUAAUUGUUGCUCUGAAAAUGAGGGAAGUCAAAUGCUUUUUUUAGUCUAUUUUGCUAAAGUAGCAUAUUCCAAUUCUAUACCUGUAUCUCUUUGUGUGUGUGUGUGUGUGUGUGUGUGUGUGUGUGUGUGUGUGUGUGUGUGUACUGUAUGUGUGUGUGUGUGUGUGUCUGUGUUUGAGUCUAACAUCAAUCUCAUGUUGGGUGCAGCUCUGACUGACAAAAAGAAUAAUGCAAAAAGAUGAACUGUUUGAGAUGUCUGUAUUAGUGUCAAAAUAAUGGAUUAUGCUAAAAAAAAGAGAACAUUUUAAAGUGUUUUUUAAGAGUAAUAGUAUGACUUCAUGUUCCAGGAACAGAUACGUAACUGAAGUUUAUUGCCUUGAGCUAAUUUAAUCAAGCUUUAUUUUCAGUUUCUGUUAUGAUCAUUUUUAAGAGAGAAACACUUUGAUUUGUAUCUCCUAGAUGUGCCUUUUGUCAUAUGGAGAGUAAAAUC